UAAUCUGUUUGUAUUCUCUUAGGUAAAAAUUGUUUAUUUCGCAAUAUUGUUGCUGUUUUGCAAAGUAGAGUUGAAAUCUGAGUGGUUUAAAAUAUUAAUAGUUUCUAGUGUAUUAUUAAGUACUUAGUUAUGGUCAUAAUAUAUUAACAAUAUGAGACGAGGUCAUCAAGGUAUUGGUGGAUGGCGUAGUGAAAACCCACGUAUAUUUAGACAACGAAACUGUGGUAAUUCACCAUACCGAACCCAAAGAAACUAUAACCAACUAAAUACUAGCAGAUAUCUAGGAUCUAGGCCGUAUAGACCACAUAUCACCUCUCACGUUGGAAAUAACCAUGGAAAUCAAGACCAUGAAUGGACUAGAUAUAGACAAGAAUCCCAAUUUUCAUUUGCAAGAGCAAAAAAUAAGGAACCAUACCAAAAAUCUUUUAUGAAAGAAAGUAAACAUGGAGAUAGCUCUAGUAAUUAUGAAGGGUCUUCUCACAAUUCUGAGAGAUAUUUGAUAAACAACAUGGGUGAUAUUGAUCAGAGACAAAUCAUUCAAAAUAGAAUUCAUACUAUAUCACCUUGGAUUCAUGAUGUUGAAGAAAGAAACUAUAUUAAUACAUAUAAUGAUAAAUCAAAUCAGUAUAAUAAACACCAAUCUGACUAUGCUGGUCAUAGACCACCUUCAUCAGACCAUUAUGGUGGCAAUCCUGUAUCUACAAAUGAAAAUUCAAACACAUUUAGUAGGUCUGUUGAUGACACAGUUAAUAUUAUAAGAAAACGAUUAUUAAAUCGAGAAGAAACCCACCAAACAAAUGAAGAUAUAAAGGAUAAUGAAAAUCAUAAUAUGGAAGAAAACAUGAAAUCCAUAGAGAGGUAUAGUCAAUAUGAUCAAAAUCUAAUAAAGAAGAAAACACCUAAGCCAAGAAAAGUGAGUUGUGAAAGAAUUAAAAAUAAAAUUGUUCAUCAAUUAUUUAAAAUGGACAAAGAAAAAAUUCAUAAAUUACUAGAGAACCCAAAUUCUUCUACAAAAUUUGAAUAUGCUCUAAAUAGUCUACUAACUGAGUCUCAAAACAGUUUUAACCGACAUAAGAGAUCUGUAGCUGAGAAAUCACUCUGCUCGUCAAGUAAAGAUUUUAUGCAAAAUGACAAUAACACAAUUUAUGAAGACACUUUUAUGAAACAAAUGCAAUGUAUUCUUGAUCCACAAGAUACUAUUUUAUUGGAAGAUAUUAAACCAGUUGUAAUGGCAGAGUUAAACAACCUCUUGCAAUUCAAUGAAAUUGAUAGUAGAUAUACUUAUGACCACUCCACUAAUUAUUCCUAUCAUAAUGAUAAUGAUGCAGCUGAAAAAUAUCCUCAAGAUAACCAUACAUAUAACUAUUCAAAUAAACAAGAGCAUGAUAGUUAUUAUGAAAAUUUUGAAGUAGAGGUGAGUAAUCUGACUUCAGAGGAUUCUAUGCCUUUAUAUGAAAGAAGAGUAAGAAAUAAAAGUAUUACAUUCUCGUCUGAUACAAAAACAGAAACAGGUUGGAGAUCUUCUACUGCAAUUGAAACUGAAUGGAACAAACCUUGGGAUGCUGAUAAUAAAUCUGUCUCUCCAAGAAAUGAAUUAUCAAAGUCAAGUGACCAAAGUACACCACUCUUUGAAACAAAUGCUGAAUCUUUAGAAGAGGAAGAUACAUUUGCUGAGUUAGAUAGACAGUAUCAUGUUGUUGUUGACCAUAAUUUUAUUGAGGAUGAUGAGUUAUCCAACCCAAUUCAAUUUUCACCUUCAUCUCAACGACAAAUACAAAAUGAUACUCUCACAGGUCAUGUCAUCAAUAAAGAAAUGAAUAUUUUGAAACCUCCCGAAAUAAACGAAACACAUCUUAAAGACGAGAUAGUCAAUUUUGGAUCAAUAAAACAUAAGUCGUUUAGGGUGCCUAUAACUGAAGUUAAUGGUGAGGAAAAGAGCUAUGAUCAAAGUAUGACAUGGUCAGUAACAACAGAAGCUGAAGAAAAUAAAUCAUUGGAUAUUGAGACAAAAACGAAAACUAAUGAGCUUAUACAUUCAGAAGCAACUGAAACAUCAACCCUAACAUCUAAUUCACGGAAACGAUCUAUAGAACAAAGACCAUCUCAUAGAAAAGAAAAACGAAAAAAAUCCCUGGACAAGGAUGAAAAUAAAAAAAUAUGUCAGGAAAAGGUUGCUGGUGUCAUAAAUAAAGAUAAAAUUUCUAGUAAUACUGAAACUAUGUUAAAAUAUGAAUCAAAAACUUCUUCAGAUUCCAAACAAAACAAAGAAAAGAAUUUCCACUCAGAUAACAAUAAACAAAUCACCCAUGACAGAAAUAGUUCGGAAAAAUAUGUGAAAGAUAAAGAAACACCCAUUAAAUCAAAAACUUGUGAAGAUAGAAAAAGACAAGACUCUACCUCAUCAAAUCAUUCCACCAGUCCUAAAAAUAUAGCAAGUGUUCCACCCACAUCCUCAACCAAAGCUGAUUCGAAAUCUUCAUUGAAAUCUAUAGAUAUGUUUACAGAAGUUCCCAAAAAAGUUAAUAUUCAUCAAGCAUUCAGAAACACAGCUGUUAAUAAAACAGGCAAACAAAUAGCUCAGAUAGCCCCUAAACCUUUAUUAAAUUCUAAUCAGAAAUUACAAAAAAAGCAGGAGUGUUAUCAUGGUUCAAAAAAAUAUUUAUCAAAAGAAACUCAAACGGGUAAACUUUCCAUAACAUCGCAAUUUACACAAACAGGUAGAAAAAAGUUUGUUGCAAAAUCUAUUCAAGUAAAUUUACAGGAAUUUGAAAAUAAAAAAAGUACUAAAUCCACUGAUGCCUUAGAAAGAAUGAAACAAAUCGAUUUAGAGAUACAAGAAUUGCUUCAAGAAAAAUUUAAACUAUACAGCUCUCUAGAAAACACAGUUGGUACUGCUCACAUACCAAUGCAAAAUUUAGGUAUGACUGUGUUAAAUGUGAGUUCCUUUGAAAAUAAUAAAGAAGAUAAUGAUAUAGAAAAUACCAUUGUUAACAAUUUUAUAAAUAUUCCUGCUGAUGACUUAGAAAAAAAUGCAUUUGAAAGUAUAGAGAAUCACGGUCCAUCCUCUGCGAGAAGUCAACGACGACAAAAGCAAAAAGUCUCCCCUGAUUUAGAACAGAAUUCACAUGUAAAGAAUAGAAACAAAGCUAAACCACUAAAUAUUUCGCUUAUUGAACAGAUUAUUGCUGACGAUAGACCCCUGGAAGAUAUUAUAUCACUAGAUAAUCUUGAGACUACUCCGAGCAAAUACAAAAAGAAGCCAGUCAAACCAAAAAAGCCAAAAAAAAAAGCUUCAAGUAAAACUAAAAAUAAAUAUUAUCAAGUACAUAAUCGGAUUGACUUAAAAGAAUGUUACAUAUCAUUAUUGCGUGAAGAUUUGAGUAAGUAUAUGAUUGGUGAUAAAGUUAGAACAGAAGGAGAGACAGACAAUAAAAGUAAUAUUGAUGUGAAUGAAGUUAUACAACAACCUGAUGUGAUGGAAAAUUCAAUAAGUCCUAUUGCAGAAGGAUCAGAUGUGGCAUCAACUUUAUGUGAAGAACUUGUGGAGGAAACCGCAGCGAGCAUCAGCAGCGAGAUUCAAUUCGACAUGUUGGACGUUUCUGAAGAUAUUGUUAUUGGUGAAAUCGACGAGAAAGCUGUAACUGAGAAAGUACAACAAGUGCCAAUAAGUGAAGAAAUAAUUUUGGAUAACAGUCAGUCGUCAAUAGAGGAUAACACGGCGCCGAUUGAAAUACGAGGCGGUGAAUGUAAACUAUAUGAUUAUCUGGCUGAUGAGAAUCUGCAGCGUGACUCACUUGUUGCAAGUGGAAAUGCCGAUGCCAUUCUAGCUAUAGAGUGUGUUGGAUCAAACUUCUUAGCGGCUGGUCUCGACGGAAAUGUUUAUUAUUUUAGCGGUGACGGACAUUUGAUCAGCACGCUACGGGGAUCUAAUUUAGCUGUAACAUGCCUUUGUGUAGUAAAAGAGAAGUAUGGUACUACGGUGUAUACUGGCUCCCUGGAUUCACGUAUACGUAAUUAUGAUCUAGAGACGGGACUAGAGAAAGGCCCCGAAUGUAAUGUACUAAGUCCCAUACAAACGAUGGAUCGCGCUUGGGACACGGUAUUCGUUGGUACAAGGACUGGUUUUGUACUUCAGUUUGAAUGCAAAAACAACUUACUGAUACCAGUGAGUACAGUGAAGUUUUCGGACCAAUCAAUCUUGGCACUGCGGGCAAUGAAGGAAGGGCCCAGAAAGGUUUUGUUGGUCGCUGCCCGCUCUGAGAAUGUGACAAUCAAAGAUGCCCAGACUGGCCUCUUACUCCGGACACUCAAUGGACCUAAAAUGACUGUGUAUACCCUGUUGUAUGAAGAUGGGAAAGUGUAUUGUGGAACCAGCAGCCAUCAGAUACAAGUGUUUGAUUAUACAAGUGGCUCUCAUGUCGGAACCCACGAAGGGGGUAAAGGCGCAGUUUGCUUACGGGCGGUGGGAGGACUUUUGUUCGCAGGCUGCUAUGAUGGAUGUAUUUAUGUAUAUAGAGAGGGUGAACCCAGGCCUUUCGCACAACUACGCGGACCCAGCCUUAUGUUGUUAUGUCUGACUAUUGUUGGCACUAAGAUUAUUGCUGGUUUCAAAGACCGGAGUCUGUACAUAUGGAAGAUACCAUUAAUUAUAUUGCAAGAGAUGAUAUUGUAAAACGUGUAAUUAACUGUUAGGUUCAUAGUUCGCCUUUAUUCUUGAAUUAUUUACCUCGUUUGUACAUAAAAGAAAAGAUUUAAUAAGA